AAAACUACACAAAGAAGAACAUCACUUCCUGUUUAAAAAUGGCUCCACCCUUACUAAUGUCACAUUAGACAAUAGAAGUGCUCUUUUCUGUAAUGUUGAAAACGUGUUUGAUCUCUUACCUAUUCGUUUGACCUCUUUUGCAGGGUAUACCUAAACAUGGCCCGUCUAUCAUCCUUCCUACUGAAGACGUACCACGGAGGACACAUUGUCAUCAGAUUGGCAAUGGCUGGCCACAAACAGUCUAACAGACCUUUCUACCGCAUUGUGGCAGCUUACAACAAGCGAUCACGAGACAGUAAAUACAUAGAACAGCUGGGCUCUUAUGACCCCCUGCCAAACAUCUACAAUGAGAAACUGGUCAGCAUCAACUCUGACAGGAUCAAGUACUGGAUGGGCUGUGGUGCACAUCCAACGAAGCCUGUGGCCAAACUUCUAGGACUGGCUGGGUUCUUCCCCCUGCAUCCCAUGACGGUGACAGAAACAGAGCGUCAUAGGGCCCUGGCAGAACUAGCAGAGGAAGCAGCUCCAGAGGAUGGAGUUAAGCAGUAGCAACUAGGAUAGCUGGAGCAUGGGGGACUGUCAAGCAAAGCAGGGUGUGGUUACUGUACACGAAGGACAGCUAGAAAUGACAUUCUCCUCCCAAAAGGUUAACUGUUUCCAGUGAAAGCCUUUGUGAACUAUGAAUAUUCAUAAGCAGUGCUUAACAGAACAACUUAUGAAGGCUUUUUAGAUUUUAUUUUUUACAAAUUACACUGAACAAGAAUAUAAAUGCAACAAAAAUAUUUUAAAAGUUAGUUUAUUUAAAAGGAAGUCAGUCAAUUGAAAUAAAUGCAUUAGGCCCUAGCCUAUGGAUUUCACAUGACUGAGAAUAGAGAUAAUCUGUUGGUCAUUUGCAUAUAGUUGAUCAGAGGCUACACCUGAUGUAUUUGGAGAAUGUGACAAAUCAAAUUUGAUUCGAUUUUUAUUCUACAUAAACGCAGUCUACCACUUACAAUUGAAAACAGUGGACAUGAUAAACAGGGCAGAUCUACUUACACAUUUUGUAUGGAAAGAAAAUAGCAUUUGUAUCUUUAUAGGCUCCAAAUUCAUAUGAUAAAGAUUUUCUCAGUACUGCAACCAGAAGCCUGCUCAAUUGAUCAGAUUAUACACUUCUUAUUGGAACUCACAUGAAUGCCAUUAUUGAUUCUAAGCUAGGUAGAUGUGGACCUUCUCAUAGCUCAUCACAAGUGAAUGCUUUCAAUGCACUUAAACAAUUUCUUCAAGAUCUUCAUCUUAAUGACUGUUGGAGAAGUUAUAAUCCCACAACUAAGGACUAUACAUGCUUUUCUGAUGAAUUUAAACUUUCUGGAGAAUUGAUUACAUUUUAACAUCUACUGAUAUUACAGGUAACAUGGAACCUAUAAAAACAUUACUGGCCAUUCUAUCUGAUCAUAAUCCAAUUCUUUGUAAAUGUCAAAUCUUCCCAAUGAAAAAGCAUUCACUGACACGGAGGUUUAAUAAUAAUUUACUACGCAACUCUGACUACAUCUUUCAAUUAAAAUCCAAUUUCAGAUAUAUAUAUUUAAAAAAUGACUACUCAGUGUAGGACUCAACUAUGGUAUGUGUAGCUUUGAAAUGUUAAAUAAGAGGAAACACCACACAUUUUUCUUCUAAUUUACAGAAAUGAAGACUUCAGAAGACCAGUGAAUUGUAAAAUCAUUGUAAAAUGAUGGAAGACUCUUAAAAACAACUAUUCAACAGAGAGAAAUUGAGCUUAAAACAAGUAGACUGGAACUUAAUGACUUGUUGUGACGUAGAGCAGAAUUCAUUAUGCAGAGGAUGUGACAAAAAUCCUGUUUUCAAGGGAGUAGGCCUAGCCAAUUACUGGAGCUGCAGCUUAAACAUGCUGAAACA